UGUGUUUGUGUGGCUGCGAAAGGCUCCGGCACUUGCUGGCAGGGCUCAGUGCUCCCGCGCUCAAUGCCAGCUCCACUGCUAUUUGCUUGCUCGCCCGCACACACGCAAACACACUCCUCCCCCCACACACUCUGUCAGGCUGGGCUCAGGAAACGGCAUGGAAUGGAAUCUCAGAAGGAUGGAAAGCGAGCUAAGGCAGAUCAAUCCGGACUUGCUGCAGCCCAGCAAGAGCUUUAAGAAGCCCUCCUCGGGUACCAUCACCCUCAAUGUGGGGGGUUAUUUGUAUGCAGCACAGCGGCAAACUCUAGCCAAACACCCUGGCUCUCUACUUGAAGAGAUUGUCAGUGGUAAGAAAGCCGUGCAGCAUGUAGACUCCAUGGGCAACACGUUUAUCGACCGUGAUGGGCCUGUUUUCCGUCAUAUUUUGAAUUUCCUGAGGACCGGAGAAUUGAUCCUGCCAGAUGACUUCAAGGAACUGGCACUUCUACGACGUGAGGCUGACUUCUACCGGCUGAGUGAGUUGGCCCAAGCGCUGCAAGAGUGGGAGCAGCAACAAGCUGGUCUGCGAGAGCCUGCCUUUCUAGAGGUGACUGACAGCCAUGAGCGCUCACAUGGCCUCAAGGUCUACUGCAGUGAUGCAACCUUCAUUGAGAAAGUCAAAGCACGCCUGGUGCAGAUCUCCAAAAGUCGCCUGGAUGGCUUCCCUGAGGAGUUUGUGGUCUCGUCCAAUAUCAUUCAGUUCCGACACUUCAUCAAGUCUGAGCAGGGUUCACGCCUGGUGCUCAAGGAGGACAGCACCUUCCUGUGCACUCUGGAGACGCUCAAGCUUGAAACGGUCAUGAUGGCUCUUAGAGCAGGCUUUCGUCUGCUCACCUGCCUGGACAGUAGUCGAGGAUCGGUAGUGCAAUGUGAGGCUUUGCACUUUGUCAAGUGACCCAAACCAGCACACAAGUACCCAUCAACCCUCAUUGAUGUUUCUAGCCAUCAGCACCCGGACCUGCACUGUAUUUACAAGAGAACAUUCUGCAAUUUAUGCUGCUUCUGCGUUCAGCCAGCUCUUACUAACCAGCCUUGAGAAGUAAAAAGAGGUGUUAUGUAUUGUGUUUUCUUCUGGUAUACUCUGUAAUCUUUACAUUGACAAAAACUUAAAAAAAAAAAAAAAAAGCUUUUUUUAAGCAAGACAAAGAGUAUAUGGAUAAUGGUUUCUGGACUUCAAUGUAUUAAAAAAAAAAACAACUUUCAACAUUUUUCAAAAAUCUAUUUAGAUAACAGGAACUGGUUCAGAACAGAUUACAUAGGUACAACUACUGUGAUGUCUGAUCAACAGGUUGAAAUACAUAAUGCAUGUGCAAAUACUAUUCCUGUUUGGAAGCAAAUGUUGUAAUUGCUGGUGUUGUGAAACAGUAAAGUCAACAGCAAAGUCUUAUUCAGAACCUGUGAAUGUUUUGCAUA